AUGAGCAAAACGGCAGAAUCCCUGGCGCAGGAGAUUGCGACCAUUAAGCAGCUGUUGAGCAGAGUCGAGGCCGCGGUCGAUGUCUAUGCUGAAGCCGCGACCAAGAAUGUAGGCCAGAAGAGCAGCUCUGGCCCGGGGGAGGUCAGCGAGAAACAUACAGCUCUCUUCAUGGAAACCUCCCAGCUUCUCAGAACCGUUCGAGGGCCUCUGGACAUGGUCUUUUCAAACUUCGAGAAUUCGGCGCAUUCAGGCGCAUUGCGUGUUGUAUUGGAGAUGGGAGUCUUUGACGCCCUGCCCCAGGAUGGGUCGCCUGCCACUGCUGCAGCAUUGUCCGAAAAGCUUGGUGUAGAGAAAGAUCUCCUUGUUCGAUUUAUGCGAGUCCUUACCCCUGUUGGCCCCUUUGCGGAAGUUGGCCCGGAAGAAUACAGCCAUACACCAUAUUCUCGGGUCUAUUUGUACAACCUCGCGAACGCCAAGAUGUAUGCGUACUUCCGGGAACAUGGUUACAAGAAUCCGGACUCAAACUACAUUAACCCGUAUUGUUUCGCCCAUCAAACCGGUGACAAGACCAUGUGGGAGCAUAUUGGUAGUGAUGCCGAGAGACUACGUAAUCUCAACCUGGCGAUGAUGGCCCAAAGCGAGGCUGCGAAGUGGACCGUUGGAAUAUUCCCAUUUAAAGAAGAACUUAGCAAGGUGGAGACUAAUGAGGAGACUGUAUUGGUAGUCGAUAUUGGAGGGGGUAAAGGGCAUGCCACCAAGCAGAUCCAAGCUCUGACUGAGGGCAUUCAAGGAAAACUGGUGCUACAAGAGCGUCCAGAAGCCCUUGCUGAUCUUGUGGACUCUUUACCUGGGAUCAUCACCAUGGAAUAUGAUUUCUUUACACCUCAGCCUAUAGAAGGCAAGUACUUGCCGUACCCCUGUCCAGGUAAGUAG